GAGUAGGAGGAGUUUGGCUAAUUCGAUGGUGGAGGGAGUGUGGCCGGCGCCGGAAGCCGGUAGGAAGGCCAGAUCGCUGGCGCUGGUCCUUCAUGGGCAGGGCCCUCGCUCCCUCCAAGUCCAAGAAGAACUCUGAAGAGGAUCGGCGCAAGAGGAAGAAUCCCAAAACCCGGAGGCGCCGCCGCGUUUCCUUCCCGCCAUCGUCCUCUUCUUCCGACGACGAUGGUGAUGAUGUCUCCCGCCGUCGAAGGAGCUCCCGUCGGAAGCCGGUGAAAAGUCGGGGGAGAGAUCCGAAGCGAUCUUUGAAGAAGAGGAGUCGCAAAGCUCGUCAACGAAGCGUCAGUUCAUCGGGCGGAGAUGAUAGCUCCAGCUGCUCUACUUGCCGUAGCCGGAGCAGCGGUUCGCCGAAUAGAUCGAGAAGCCCGGCGCGGGGCCGAUAUGACAGGAAAGGUAAGUUGAAGAAGAAAGUUAAGAGAGGAAGGAAGCUGGAUAGGGUUGUUAGGAGUUUGAGAAAUAGGAACAGGUCUCUCAGUUGUUCCACUUGUAGCGGAAGUAGUGAGCCUAGCCAGAUACAUAGUUACAGAGAGGUGAAAGAUGGUUAUAGGCAGAUUGGCUCGUCUUCUCUUAUAGAAUCACGAGGGGAAGUGGAGGAGAGGUAUGGGAGCAGGGACAGGGAGAUGGAUAAUGAUGAUUCACCGCUUGCUAGAGCAGAGGAGGACAGUGUGAUGGAUGAGGGUUCUUAUGAACAACAGACUGAGAUUGAGAGGUGGAUGAGCGAAGCUAAUGUUGAUAAUGAUUCUUAUUUUGAUCAGAUUGAAGACAGUGUAGCACUGGCAUCUGGGCCCUACAAGGAACUGGAACUCAAUGAUACGAAGCUUUCAAGAAGGAUAAAAAGUGAGAUUGUUGCUGCCGAUAAACAUGAUUCUGACUCUGAUAAUUUGGAGUUGAUUCUAAGGCAGAGGGCUUUAGAAAACUUGAAGAAAGUCAGAGGCCGUCUCUCAUCUGACAACAGAACUUCUGAUGACAGGAAAAAGGAGUUAGCUGGAGCUGAAUCUUUUGAAAAACAAUGUGAAACUGCUAGAAAAAACAUUUCUUCCCCAAAAUCUGACACCAUUGUUUCUAAGGAUAAACAUAUUCAAUUGGGAAUUCCUGCAAAUGACUCAAAGUUGAAACCUUUCAUCCAAGUGCCAUCUCUGGAGGCUAAUUAUUCUACAUCUGAUAAAAAGAUGCUAUCCAGUCAUCUGAAUCAGAAUCGAAACGCCAAACAGUUGGGCAUUAGCAUAAACCGCCAAAGCACUUCGAAUCGGCUGCCGAAAGACAUGGAAGAUUUUCCUGAGAAGAUAUCUUCAUGCCUAGUUUCUCAAGAAAAGAAAGCUACUGAAGUUUGUGAAAGUGGUAAUAAAAGCUUCAGAUUUGAGAUAAAUUUAGGUGAUGGUAAAGAAAAAAUCAAUGAAAACAGUAAAACUGUGGAAGAAUGUCAGAGUGGAUCUCAAAAGAUAUCUUUAUGCAGAGGAUCUCAAGAAAAGAAAGCUACUGAAGGUUGUGAAAGUGAUAAUAGAAGCUUCAGGUUUGAGGUAAAUUUAGGUGAUGGUAAAGAAACAAUCAAUGAAAACAGUAAAACUGUGGAAGAAUGUCAGAGCGGAUCUCAAUUUGAGCAAAAAACAUUUUCUAGAAUGCAUGAUGGGGAAAUGGUUCAGGUAAGUUACAAGGUAUACAUACCUAAGAAAACGCCAGCUUUGGCUCGGAGGAAACUGCAGCGGUGAAAGAUGUGGUGUAUUAAUAGCUCUUUGAGCUUUUAAAUAAAAAAACUGUGUUGGGAGAUGAAGUUGAUGAUGGCUUUGGCGUUCGACGGAUGGCUGUGUUUAGUUCUGUUACGACUUAUGAGAGCGAGAGGAUGAAGGAGACGGAGCCAUGGGUGGCCAGUAAAUGAGGGUAUGGGAAUGGGGGAGAGGAUGGAGCAAAGGUGAAUAUAUGGUUGAGCAUUCCUCUUAAGAGAAUUGAAUUGUGCACCUACUGAAUCUAUUAGCUAUAUUAUGCAUGAUAGAUAUAGAGUUUAGGGUUAUGGUGGAAAGUUGCUUGAAGUUGGAAUAUUUCAAAUAAUUUUUCUUGGGCAUGCAAUUGUAGCUUUGUUCUAUAAUUUGAUAUUCAUUU